AUGUCCAGAAAUCGGGGUGUCCGUUCAGUUGAAUUUUUGCAAUCCGAGGUGGAGCGUGUGCGAUUACUGGAAGCGAUUCAAUCUUCUCGAACAGCAUCCAAUCAGAAUAUACAUAUAUAUAUAUAUAUAUACCUACCUAUCACCAGCGAUCAUCGACUUUACAACGUCAACCAGAGCAAGCCCAAAAUGGCCCUGUCCAAGAUCGAUUCCGAGAUAGAGCAGGUGGACCAGGAGAAGUACCUGCGCCAGGCCACCAGCUAUUACCAGGCCCUGGAGAAGCCCCUCAAGUACGGACCCGCGGUGGACACCCUGACGGAUUUGGUGGCCGCUCUGCACCGGGAGUUUGAGUCCAACUACGUCAACAUCGAGAUGGUUAACCACCUGAUGCUCACCUACAAGUCCAAUCCACGGGAGUGGCGCAAGUACGCCAAGUUCGAUCGUUACAGCUACACCCGGAAUCUGGUGGAUGCCGGCAACGGCAAGUUCAAUCUGCUGAUCCUCUGCUGGGGCGAGGGACACGGCUCCUCGGUGCACGACCAUGCCGAUUCGCACUGCUUCAUGAAGAUGCUGAAGGGGGAUCUGCGCGAGAAGCGCUAUGAGUACCCCAACCGAUCGGGCAGGGACACUGCCGCCCGGCACUCCCAUCAUCCCGAUGGCGAGAUCGACAGUCGAGAGCUGGUGGAGAUCGGUGAGACACCCAUCGCCGUCAACGAUGUGGCCUACAUAAAUGACAACCUGGGACUGCAUCGCGUGGAGAAUCCUAGCCACUCGGACACCUCCGUCUCCCUGCACCUCUACUGUCCGCCCUUCGACACGUGCUCCGUGUUCCAGGACAGCCUGAAGAAGACCACCGCCAAGGUCACCUUCUGGAGCAAGUACGGCGUAAGGACGAAGCAGAACGAGCAGUAGUUCCGGCCAGAUCCCCAAAUACAGUCACUGUUGUAUUGUUGCAUAUUGCUAAGAAUCUUUAUUACUAGAUGUUUAAUGAGCUAGGGCCCCAAGGAGAUCCGAGAUCCGGGAGAUCGGAGCUCAAACCGAAAUAGCAACUGAAGCCGACAGAGCGAGGGCCACGUGGACGCUGAUAAGCCCUCCUCCGAUAAGCCCUCCCACGGAUCACAGUUUCCCCUAGUGUUGUAUCUUUAGUGUUAGCUGUACCAAAAAUAUUCAAUAAAUAGGUAUCAUUGUAUCA